AUGGAUUCGCCUACUUCAUUUGAGGCAAUGACGGCGCCAACAGUCAGAAAUAAACAUUCACCGCCGCACAAAACCAUGACUCACGCAACGGUCACCAAGUUCUACACCGCGUCACCCACGUUAACGGAGACCGGCAAAGGGACGGGCACUCCAGCUCACACCGCGUCACCCACAUUAACGCAGACCGGGAAAGGGACGGGCACUCCAGCUCACACCGCGUCACCCACGUUAACGGAGACCGGCAAAGGGACGGGCACUCCAGCUCACACCGCGUCACCCACGUUAACGGAGACCGGCAAAGGGACGGGCACACCAGCUCACACCGCGUCACCCACGUUAACGCAGACCGGGAAAGGGACGGGCACUCCAGCUCACACCGCGUCACCCACGUUAACGCAAAGCGGGAAAGGGACGGGCACUCCAGCUCACACCGCGUCACCCACGUUAACGGAGACCGGCAAAGGGACGGGCACUCCAGCUCACACCGCGUCACCCACAUUAACGCAGACCGGGAAAGGGACGGGCACUCCAGCUCACACCGCGUCACCCACGUUAACGGAGACCGGCAAAGGGACGGGCACUCCAGCUCACACCGCGUCACCCACAUUAACGCAGACCGGGAAAGGGACGGGCACUCCAGCUCACACCGCGUCACCCACAUUAACGCAGACCGGGAAAGGGACGGGCACUCCAGCUCACACCGCGUCACCCACGUUAACGGAGACCGGGAAAGGGACGGGCACUCCAGCUCACACCGCGUCACCCACGUUAACGGAGACCGAGAAAGGGACGGGCACUCCAGCUCACACCGCGUCACCCACAUUAACGCAGACCGGGAAAGGGACGGGCACACCAGCUCACACCGCGUCACCCACAUUAACGGAGACCGGGACAAGGACGGGCACCCUAUCGAUGACGGUGCCUUCUCCAGAUCCUAUUCCUGAUGAUGAGUCUCGUGCUGAUCCUACUAAGUUUCUUCUUAUUGUUUGUAGCGUUUUCAUUGUACUGUUUAUUGUUAUUAUUGUUGUGGUGAUUGUGCGCCGCUUGCGUCGCAAUAAAAGGCAGGCUGGGAAUAGAAGAUAUGGCGGCUCUGUCGGAAGUAGCCAUGGUGGUGUGCAUGGUGGCUCAAACCCCCUUUCCGGACCGCAGGAGCGGAGCGCAUAUCAAAGGGUCAAGCAAACUUAUUCUUACUCUGAAACGCCUACACCGCCCGUGCGGUUGAGUGAAGGAAGGAGACUGCACCUCUCAGAGGGCAACCGGGAGGCCUUCCGUAGCAUCAGGAUGCAUCAAAUAAACCACAUGAAUGAGGAUGAAGCCACUCGAUUCCACCUUCUGCGUCACGCGGAAACGGCGUUUGUGGAGUUUGGCCCCUUUGUGGACUCCGAUAGCGAUUGA